GUCGUAAGGGCAUUUGAGCAAACAACACUUCUCCUUUUUCUUUCCUUCGCCUAGCAUGUACAGGCAUGCUCUCGGAGUAACAGGACAUAAGAAGCAGGGUUUCAUCAACUUUCAUGUUCUGCUCUCACAACUUCUGCACCCUCCUUUCGUUCGCAUCAGACAGCACUCGAUCUUCAUGUUGAUCUUCAGCCUCGUAGUCGCUUUGCUGGCCCUAGACUCUGCCGCCUUGGGCGCCUCGAUUAGCGGACAGAGGCACCGUGUUCGCACCGUGGCCACCUUUCCUGCCGACAUCGACCCUGAGAAUCUUGUCGUGCGUCACAGUGGCCAGAUUCUCAUGACAGCAUCCAACCAGAACAAGCUCUAUCAGAUCGACCCUUGGGGAAGGACCAAGCCCAUUGUUCUCCAUACCUUUGAUGGGCAUAUGAGCGUGACGGGUAUUGAUGAGGUUGAGAAAGACGUUUUCGUUGCAACCGUCGGCAACUUCUCUUUCGCCACGUUCACCAGCACACCGCAAUCGUUUGGCCUUUGGAAGAUCGACCUACGCGGAACGAAGCCCUGCGUUGGAAAACUUUUUGCGAUCCCCGAACUCGAUGUUCCCAACGGCCUGGUCUACGUCGGCGACAACGAUAUUCUCAUCGCAGACUCUCACGUCGGCGGCAUUUUCCGAGUUAAUGUUCACAGUGGCCACCCCAAGCUCGUUGAUAGCAACGAUCCUCUCAUGAAAAGCUUGCCGCCGGACCCCAGCAAUCCCGACCUCGUUGGCUUCGGAAUCAAUGGUAUCCACCUCAACCCCUUGAACAAGCACGAGAUUAUCUUUUCGAGUACCGAUCAAAACGUCAUCGGAAAGGUCGGGAUCAAUCAGCACUUCGUGCCCAUCGGAAAUGCCACCAAGGUUGCUGAUGCAGUCAACGACGACCUCAUCCCGGCGCCCAAUGGAGACAUUCACGUUGCCAGCAACAAUGCAAUCACCACUAUCUAUCCCGGCGGCUCCAAGAGCGUCUUUAAUUUCACCACGGACGCAGUCAGACUUACAGCCCUCAAAUAUGGUCGGACUGAUCCAUACAAACACUCUCUGUUCGGGACAGUCAUCGUCUUUGGAGAAACCGGGACAAACACGGGCAAGCUCAUUGUCGUCGACAACUACUAAGGGACCGCCAGAAGCGUGUCGUCGACCCAUGUAGACGCAAGAACUCUCUUCAGAUACAUUUCCUCUCUUCGUCCUGGACGUUCUCCUCCUUCCCUCCACUUUCCUGUUCCUGCCCUGAUUUUCUUCUUCCUAUCAUUAUCUCCUCCUUCAUCAGGGUUCUCAAGAAGUCAUAAGGUCCCGACUGACUCCCGUCCAAGAUCGAGGACAGGUCUGCCGUGAUGUGCUUUAUUGCUGCUGUACACCCAAGCUCCGAUUGCCGUGUCUUAUCUUCUUUCAAUGGAUUAAUGUUGAACGAUCU